GCUUCGCUCACUGAUUCCGCCGUUAUUGUUGUAGUUGCUGUUGGCCGACUUAUUUAAAUUUCUCAGUUGUUGUUAUUGCUUUGUACGCUGCGCUGCGCUGCAAUGCAAUUGUGUGACUGCCAGCCGCCGCGCGCUAACACAAAAUUCCAAUUGUAUGUGCUCGCUGUUGCUGUUGUUGUUGACUUGGCUGCCAGUCAGCUUUGUGACUGUUGCUGCUUUUCGAGUUGUUAAUGCCAGUGGCGUUGUUAUUCCAAAGCUCCAGCAUAAAACGGAAAAACACAAACUGAAACCAGCGCGCAUAUACACACAUACAAACACAUGCACAUGUUAAGCACAGCCUAUCGAGCAAAGGGCAAGAAGUGUGUGAGUACAGCGUGAGCGCAAAGCAGGCGCGCUAAAGAGAGCCAAUUUGAAGCUUAUGCGCGACGAAGGGGCGACGCGGCGCCUAGCGGUGCGCAGUGGUGAAUGGAAAGUGGCGAACGGUGGGGAAUAGUGUAAAGCAGCACCAACAAAAACAACUGCCUAACGAAAUGUUGUGUAGCGCGCGCGAGGUGCGCGAAGGUGCGCGCGUUAAGGUAACAGUAGUAAGAGUUACUCAGCGCUCAGCGGGAGAGUGUAAGGUGCGUUAGAGACGAACGCGGUGGCUACGAGUACGGUUAUGGCAGUGGCAGUGGUGUUGACAAUACGUUGUGACACAGUGAGGCAAUUGUACGGUACGCGCGGUGUCAGCAGCCAAAAAACGCAUAACAGUGCGCUACUACAAGUGUAUUUGCAUAAUAAUUAGCGACAAAUUAUACAUUAAAGCACAAAUAACGCGGCAUUUAGUGUAAAGUGUAAGGAAACAGUGCGCGCACAUGCUUAUAUAUAAAUAUUAUAUAUGUAUAAAUAUAUAUGUAUUUGUUGUAUAAUAACAAACGAAAUAAAAAUAAGUUAGAACGCCACUCAGCCAGUUAGUAAGGCGGUUAGUCAGUGGCAGUGUGCGCGCAAGUAAACGCGCGUCAGUGGUAGUCGCGCGGCAGCAGCAGCAGCAACAAAAAGCAGCACUUGGUGCGCGCUCGACAAGCUUUAACACAUAGCCGAAGAAACAACAACAAUAAUAAGCAACAGCGCCGAUAGCAAAGACGGCCGCACCACACCACACCAGCAUACAACCGAGUGGAGCAAGUACAACCGAACAGCGGCCAACAACGCGUCCGCAGCUGCGAUGACAGCGACGGAGACGACGGAGCAUGCCACACACAGUUUAAAUAUGUGAAAUUAGUACAAAUCGUGAUUUCAACGGUGAACGACGAACGUACGGCGGGCUGCACACAACACAACACGUUGUUGCGGAACGGACGCGCAGGCAACACAAAACGGAAAAACAACAACAACAACCACACAAACCACAAAAAGUAAGCGAACAAGCUAGCAAGCUAUCAGGCGAGUAAGCAAACAAACAAGCACAAAGCAAGCCAGCCAAGCCAAAGUAAGCAAUCGAGCGAGCGAACGAGCACCAGCAACCACAAGCGCGGUGGAGGAGCGAGAGCAACGCAAGCGAGUAUAGCAACAAAAAACAACAAUAACAAGCACGCCAGUAGUGCUGCAGCCAACACGAAAGCACACAGCAGUAGCAAGAGGAGCGAAAAUAACAACAACAAGAACAACAAUAACAGCAACGGCGACAACAACAACAAGCAUUGCGCCGCGCCACAGAAACAGAAACAGAAACGAAAAAAAAACUGCAAACACCUCCAAAAGCACCAGUGCAUGCCAGGCAAGCAGAUAUUCGGACAAUCAGCUCAGCCAGUUUGCCAGCGAACACAAUAAAAACAAGAGUGAAAAUACAGCUGACGGCUGCACGACACGACGUACGAGCUAAACAUCGCGCGCGCACAUACAUAUUUACGGCACACAUCACACACGAGCGUACAGGCUAAUCGAAUCGAACGAGGCUAAUGCGAGGCGAGUUGAAUUGUUAGGCGAAGGGGAACGAGAAACAACGGCAGUUGCAGCGCGCAAGGCGAAGGCAACUCCAUGGUCACGAAGCUACUAAUACUAAACGAUUGCACGACUAGCAGCAAGUCAACGCAACAGCAACAGCAACACGGCAGCACAGGACACAUUGUCAACUUCCCCCAUUCCUAAUCCCAACCCUGUAGACCCGCAGCAGCGGUACCAACCCUCACACUUAACCGCACCUACUAGUCGCGCUUUGCGGCGACGUCUAACGCGACAGCAGCAAGUGUACGCGAUACCGAAAAAAUUGCAGGUAUCAGCGAAAACAGAUAAGCGGCGAGACGACAGCACCAAGAACUCCAACACCAACACCAGCGCCAGCGCCAACAGCAAAACCAACACCAACACCAAAGUUAACGGUUGUGCGAAUAACCGUACAACACGUGAAGGUGACAAUAAGUGUCCCCUGGCGGCUUUGACAGUCAGUAGUGUAGUGUCAGCGCUGGCGAGAACGAAAAGGCAACGCGGUCGAAGGCGGCACGUAGCGGCUACGCGUACUGUAAUCGCUUACAAUUUUGGCAAAAGAAAAACGGGUAGCGCGCUAGGAAAAACGAGCAACUGUACAACCAAACGUAAUAGUGUUAGCGGUGAUAGGCAACGUGUGUGGAAAAGCAACAAUACGGAAGAGCCAAACAACAACUUAAUAAACGUUACAAGUACAACUACAACAGAAGUGCUUGAAAAAUCAUUGAAGACGUCGCCCGCAACGGAGUCGCAGGUAUUGGAGCGGAGCGCCAGGGAGCCUAGGCUUGAUUCUGACGCUGAGGAGGAGGCGACGACGACGACCGAUUCGGCUCUGUGCCCGCCCAAUACCGAUAAAGCUAACAACAUUCCCCCACCACAGCUACGUCGUCGUCGCAAAGCGCGCCUGACUUACAAACGCGCGCCACCGACACCAUCGCCGUCUUCCAUGUCCCUGUCGGUGGCGCUGCCUGCUUUGCAUGCAGCUGCCUUAACGACAGGUGCGGGGGCGGCAACUAAUGGCAACAGUAGCGGCGGCACAGCCGCACUUUCACCCACUUUUGGCGUGGGCGGCGAAUCACUGCCCAGCCCAACAAGCGAUCGCGUCGAAUGGUCACGUUCCACCAUACUCGAUUUCAUCGAGGAUUACCGCAUGCACCGUGUGCUAUGGGAUCCCAACACCAAAGGUUAUCACAUCAAGCAAACCAAGUAUGAGGCAUUGAAAUUGCUGGGCAACAAAUAUGGCACUGAGAUACGUUCGAUACGCAGUAAAAUCAAAAGUUUACGCUCGUCAUUUCAUCGCGAACAUGGCAAGGUGAUGAUCGGCAGGCAAAAAGGUGUCCACUACCAGCCCAUGUGGUUUGCAUACGACGCCAUACGUUUCAUACUUGACGGUGAGGGCGGCAAUGGCGGCGGCGGUGGCGGUAGUAAUGGUGGCGCAGCAGUGCGCGGCCAACACGCGCAAACUUCGGCGAUCGGUGCGGAGGGCGAAGCUGACGAAGUGGAAGAGAAACUCGCAUUGUUACGCGACGAUAGCGUAGACGGUGGCGGCGGUGAUGACGGUGCGGACGGCGCUCGCACAGAGAGUGGCGAAAUGGAUGAUAAAUACGCGACAACGAUGGAGGCAGCAGUGCGCGCCAUACAAGCAGCGGCGCUGGCUGGUGCGCGUGAGAGUGGCGGCGGCGGCGCCGUGACGUCCAGAGCGAAUGCAGCAGCAGUGGCGGGCACCACUGUUGACGAGCUGAAAGUCGAACCACAGGCAACAAAUGUAACAGCAGCGGCGGCGGCAGUGAAUGCCGCAAAAACAACAGCAACAAAUAUACCAGCCACCGUGGUGUAUGGCAUAAAACCAGCCGCUACGGCCACUUUAGUCAAUAGCCAGCUGUUUAAUGCAACAUGCGCAACUUCUACGACAACAACAACAACAACAAAUGCCACUACAGUAGCGGGUGAAACGCUUAGCACCACCGCGUCGUCCACGAAUAGCACGGUCGCGUCUUCAGCAACAACAACAACUACUGCAGCGUUAUUGCCACACAAUAAUAAUAAUAAUAAGCUACACGCCAACAACAAUAGUAAUAAAAACAGCAGUAAUAUAAACGUUAGCAACGCAAUGGCCAUGAUGACAAUGACGACGCCAGCGUUGACAAUUAUCGGCAGCGCUGGUCUGGCCAUGGGCCUUGGCAGCUUGGCGACAAUGACGACAGCAGGCGGCGCAGGUAGUCUGAAUGGUGUGCUUGGCGGUGGUGGUGGUGGUGGCGCAACAGUUGGUGGCACAACAAUGUCGCACGCGUUCGGCGCUACAACACCGCUGCAUCAUGCCGCCGCCAACGCGGAUGGCGACGAUACGACAGCAGUGGCGAGCAACAGUUUGGUGGCGCGUGUGGCUGCAGCUGUGGCGGCAGCAGCAGCCGCUAAUGCCGCCGCCGCAGCCAAUGCAAAUCGGAAUGUCGCUAUCGCUAUGGACGAACAACAACUAGCUGCGAGAGCACAGAGCUUGUUGACAUGUUCGACUGGUUUUCACUUGCAGGCGCGGUCCACGGGCGCAGCGGGCGCGGCGGGUGCGGCAGCAGGCCUGAUCGGAGCUGGAGCUGGCGCUGGCGCUGCCAACGCGACUGCAACAACGUCCACCGAUUAUGAAGCCGAUAUACAAAGCUUUUGUUGCAACAUCAGCGCGGACGAUGUGAAAACCGAAAUUAUCGAAGGCGACACGAAUGAACUAGUCAUGCUCGAACAACAGCAACAACAACAACAGCAGCAGCAUCAACAGCAACAACAAACGCAACACCCACGUGCGUGCAGCGUCACCCCACUGACAGCGACGGCGGUCAAUUAUUAUAAUUUGCCACCGAUGGCCGAGUUGCCAAUGUCUUCCAGCGUUGGUGGGCGUAAACGCAAGCUGCUGAGCUUACACGCCGAUGUGGCCUCGCCAUCCAAAAAGUCCGCACUGGCGCUGCAACAACAUCUACAGCAACAAAUACAAUUGCAACACCAACAGCAGCAACAACAACAACAAACACAGACGCAACAUUCCAACGCACAAGCGAGUUCCAAGCAGCAGCGCGAACGUGAGUUACUAGCCGCAGGCGCAAGUGGCGCCGUCACUUUCGCCGCCGUGGCCAAUAUGCAUAGUCAAAGUCAAAAUAGUGGCAACAACAACAACAACAGCAAUAGCGGUAGUAAUGCAAACAGUAAUGGCAACAGCAGCAGCUUGCAUAAUCUCAGUGCCAAUCAAAAUUCAAAGGCCAACAGCAACAACAGCAGCAACAACGCCAGCAGCAGUAGUGGCAGUCAAAGCAACAACAAUAACACUAAUAUGCAAACGCUAAACGAUGAGUAUGGCGUAUUUGGCGAGUAUGUCGCGAUAACCAUACGUAAACUGAAGACGCCGAAGUCCAAGAUUGUCAUCAAGCAUCUCAUCAACAACCUAUUGUACGAGGCCGAAAUGGGCAAGUACGAUCACGGCAUGCCAUCGUCCAAAGAACCACCGCAAUUGUACAAGAUGUGAUGUAAGGACGCCAGGUUGUACGCGCCGCACGCGGCCCCCACAACAGCUGUGGCGCCUUGCUGCCGCACAACCAGCUGCCAUGACGCUGUCAUCAAGCUGGAAGCGUUGCCGGACAUUAAAACAGACCAUGACCAUGUAUCUGGUAGUGGUAUGUGCGGCCGCAGUGCGUACGAUUGCGGGGGUCACGGUUGUGGUCGGCAAACACCUGGACACUAGUCAUAGUCGAAGCAAAGCAAUCUAACGCCAAGUGAAGUGAAAAGUGCAGUGUAGUGCCGGGAAAUGCCGGGAAGUAAAGCAAAAAGUUUAAGUAACAAAAGCAGCAGAAGAAAGCAAAGCAAAGUGUUGUGAAAUGAAGUGCAAGUUAUAAUGAAUUAGCAAUGUUAAGACAAUGUUAAGAAGAAUGUUAGCAAAAGUAGCAGUGAAAUGCGUUCAAAUCAGGGAAUUGAAAGAAAACAAUGUGAAUUUCAAACAAAAAAUAAUUAAAUAUAUAUAUGUGUAAAUAUAAAAAAACAUAUGUGUAUAUAAAAAAAAAAUAUAUAUAUGUCAAAAAUCUUAUGUAUAUAUAAUAUGAACUUAAACCUAAACAAAUCUAUUUGUAGAACAAAGCAUAUAAGUGAGUAAUAGUUAAAGCUUUUAGCAAAAUGGGGAAUGCAUAAGUGAAGCGUUAGGUAAUGGCGUACGUACAGCAUUGGCUGCAACCACACACACACACACAGACACAGACACACACCAACAUACCAUACAAUUUUACUACUUUAUAUACAUUAAACUCAGGUGCCUUUUUGAUAGUCAAAUAAGUUGUUAUUAAAUAUAUACUUUAUUGUAUUUAUCUUUAUAUAAUAUAUAUACUAUAUAUAUAUAUACCCUAAUGUGUAUAGCAAAAAUAUUCAUGUAUAUAUGAAUUAAAAAGAAAACAAGCAGAAACUUUGCAAGCAAACAAAUUGCAAUAAUGAAAAUUUAUAAAUUUAUUUACUAAAUGAAUUGAUAAAGUGAGAAACUACUUAAUUUUAACUUUAUAUUUUAUUUUACUUUACUUACAUUAUUUGUACAGAAUGUACCUUUUAAAUUGAAAUGUUGAAAAUUGCUAAAUAAAGUAACAUGAAGUUGAAA